AUUUUCUAAAAAAAAACACUCAAACACACUCAACACCAAUGUAGGUCACGUGCUCCUUGCAUAUCCAAUGCUACUGUCUGAUUUUGUUUAGUUCCGCCGCUUACCAAAAGCUGAACAAACGCCGAACCGGAAAACAGAGCACCGCUUCAUCAACCUACUACGCCCACUACUCAUUACUCAACACAAACAAACCCUAUUUUCUUCUCUUUCUCUAAGUUCACUUCAAUUUCCCCAACUUUACAAUGGCUGCGCUAUGAUUAACAUGUAAAUUUUCAUGGCGGUGAAAUGCUUAUUCCGCACCAGAGUUCACUUCCAACAACCACGUUUCUUCAGGUUCUAUUCUCCCAAUUCUUCCGCGUUGUUGUUGGAAGAUGAAACUCCAAAUUUCAAUGCUCCAGUUCCUAAAACCCCGAUGAAAUUAUCUCGUUUGGUUGUUAAGGUGUUCAAGUCCUUAAAUUGGGGGGUUGCAAGGGAAGUAAGGUUCAAAGGUUUGGUUCAAACUCAUGGUUUUUAUCACUCAAUCAAUUCCUUUAGAAUGAUCAUUCACACCUAUUCUUUGGCUGGUAUGAGUUUGGAAGUCUUUAUUUUGCUUAGAGAUAUUGUUGGGUACUAUAAAGAGGAAAACCUAGACGCAUUCGAGUUGUUUUCGGUUUUGCUUGAUUCGCCACACCAUGUGAAAAGGUCUGGUUUUGUGUUUGAUAUGCUUAUGAAAGUUUUUGCUUCAAACUCUAUGCUUGAACAUGCCUAUUAUGUGUUUGUUAGUGCUAGGGAUGUUGGGAUUCAGCCGAAUAUAAUGUCUUGUAAUUUCUUGUUGAAAUGUUUGGUAGAAGCAAAUAGAGUGGAUGGUGUGAGAUGUUUCUUUGAGGAUUUGAAAAACUUUGGUCCAAAGAUGAAUAUCCACACUUAUACAAUCAUGAUGAACUUUUAUUGUAGAGAUGUUGGGUGCAGUGCUGAUAUUAGGCGAGCUUCUGAGAUUCUAGGAAAGAUAUAUAGGAGUGGGGAAACCCCGACUGUUGUUACGUAUAGUACUUAUAUUAAGGGACUUUGUAAAGUUGGUUCUAUUGAGGCUGCGUUGAAGUUAAUUUGUGACUUGCACCGAAAAAACCAGCCUCUCAAUAGUCAUUGUUUUAAUGCUGUCAUAUAUGGAUUUUGUCAAAGAGGUGCAGUAGAUGAAGCUUCAAUAGUUUUGGAAGAAAUGAAAAACUGUGUAAUACUUCCCGAUGUUUAUAGUUAUAGCAUUUUAGUUGAUGCGUUUUGCAAGAAUGGAGAUGAUAAGAGAGCUAUUGACUUGAUGACAGAUAUGAAGCUCUAUGGAAUAAAACCAUCCAUUGUUAGCUAUACUUCUCUCAUUCGCGGUCUAUGCAAGAAUAGGCCGAUGCAAAGCUUGAUGAAUAUUUUCCAUGAAAUCGGAGCUUCAGGUUGCAAAUAUGAUCAGAUUAUGUAUGAAACUUUAGUUGAUGGAUUUUGCAGGAAAGGUGACAUGCAUUCAGCUAUCAAUGUUAUGGAGGAGAUGAGUGGCAAUAAUUUUGCUCCCUCUGCUUUUAGUUAUUGCAGUCUAAUUAGAGGGUUCUACAAAUUGAGACAAUUCAGUAACGCAUUGAAAAUUUAUGGUAUCAUGCAAAAAAGGGGUUUCUGGCCAGAUACAAUCACUUGCAAUCAUAUUCUUAGUAUUUACUGCAGGGAACGUGAAUUCAAUGAAGCUUUGGCGUUGUCGGAGAAAUUCCAAGAACACGGAGUCAACCUCAACCCAUAUUCAUAUAAUGAAUUCAUCCACAUGCUUUGUAGAGAACAUUUUCCAGAAAAGGCACUGCAGCUUCUGCCACUAAUGCUUAAAAAGAAUGUACUUCCUGGAGUUGUUAAUUAUAGCACACUUAUAACUGGCUUUGUCAAACAUUCAAAUUCUAAAAAGGCCGUGAUGUUAUUCACAAGAAUGACAAAAGUAGGAAUCACUUUCAACGUCAAAACAUAUACAUUUCUUAUGGACCAAUGUAUCCGUAAUUGCAAAAGGCGUUUAGCAUACUACUUAUUUGAGGAAAUGAAAGAAAGGGGUGUAUAUCCAGAUCAGAAAGCAUAUAAUACUCUAAUAAUUGCCUUUUGUAAUGCUGAAGAGAUGAUUAUGGCACAGGCAUUAUAUUAUGAAAUGUUGCGGGAGGGCUGUUCACCAGAUGUAAUUACUUAUACUAGUUUGAGUAAUGCAUAUUGGAAGUUAAACAUGAUAGACCAGGCUCAUAAGUUGUAUGAUGAAAUGAGGGCAACUCUUUUGUCCUGAUUAUGUAAGGUUCUGCGUCUGAAAGCUGGUGCAAUUAGGUAGCUCUGCCAAGGCUUCCAUUAUAUCCAGUUGGAAGGUCAAAUAUUUUGAAUUCGGAUUAGGUGCAGUCGCCACUCCAUGCAGUCAGCUGGAGCCAGCAAUCGGACAGCCUCAAACUUGCUGACUGCAUGCAGUCAUUGACUUGUGACUGCACACAAGCCAGAUCCAAAUAUUUCAUUUCCAGUGCAAUGAUCCAAGGAAGACAAAUUGGAUUGGGUCCGUAAAGAGAGUCAAACAUGGUAAGUUAAAUGGAAUACCCAUGUCAUUGUCAAUAAUUGAUACUUGAAACACCAUAUUUCCUGCUAAGAUUAGCACCACUUUUGAAGAGUGCUUUUCUGUGAACUAUUUAACACUUUAACACAGUUAUUUUCUACGUCUUUCCCUUUUGAUUGUUAUCUGAUGUUCACUGUCAUAUUAUGACAAGUCGGGACAAUGAAUUCAUUUUCUAUAAAAAGGUCAAAUCAUCGUGAUCAUAUAAAAGCGAUUGAAAUGCAAGAUGUAGUCGCUGCAAAAGUGGAGGUGGUUGUCUAUUCAUAUUUAUAAACAUUAGGACUACUAACUACUACUAGUGUAAUUGGCACGUAAAGUCCAGAUGUUGGAGUCAUAGUAAGAUGGUGAGAUAAUAUACCAAAUUCAUGAAAAUUCAUAAUUAUAUUAAUUACGGGAAUUCUAUAAAAGAAGGUUAAGAUUCAGAUUGAAAUUGUUGAUGUGUUGUAUUGUGUGAGCCGAGCUCCUUUACUAUUGGAUAAAAGCUACCCAGUCUGCUUUGUUUUUCUUUUUUGAGUCUCAUAUACUUGAUGAUAGGAGGCAUUUUACAUUUGAUGAUAAUUAUAAAAAACUAUUUGGAGUAUUCAAAUAUCCUUGAAGUAACAGGAAGGUUGCAUUUUCUUGUGCAGCAAAGCUUCGACUUUUGAUAGGCAACUUUAGAACACAAUUUUUUAUGGUUGUUCAUCAUUUGAUUACAAUGCCAUAUUAAAGAAUACUUGCACACAUGCAUGAUUGCGGCCGUUAUCUGCAUUUUGGGUUCUUAAACUGGCACUUGAUGAGGAGGGCGUGCAUUUGUAUUUCUUGUUUAUUAGUUAUUCCUUGAUGUCCAUAUAUAUAAAAUUAAAACACACAUAAGUGACCCAUAAAUGUUAUCCUAGUCUAACUGCCAACGGGAGUACUUUUCUUCUUUGCAACAUAGAUUUUUCAAGACCUUGGGCCUUCGCUCGCUGGUAUAUUUGAAGGAGCGUGUGCAUUUUUGCUGAGCAGGACACAGUGGGAUCUGUUGAUCUAACCUUUCCCAAACAGCGGUACUAGAGGUUGAUUUAAAUGUGUUUGUUGACGUACCGUCAUUGUUGAUACCCCUAUCUGAAGAUGUUUGUGUCGGUCUGAGCACCAUGUAAGUCUUCUGGCUGUGGCAGAACAAUAUUUAUAAAUUAUCCGUGCAUAUGGACAGAAAUAUAUGGUAAAUGUCACAUUAAACAUGCUUCACCUGUGGGUUUAAUAUUAUGUUGCUUUUGGACAUUGAACGCCAGUCUGUUGUUUUGUCUACUAAUAUUGCUAAUUAUUGCACUAUUAUAUUGCUAUUUGCUUAGGUCAGUCGAUGAAAAGAAUGAUACAUUUGCUUGAUUUUGCUUAUUCCUGUUAAUAUUUUCCUGUAGAAUAGACUGUUCGUCAUUAUUUGUGUGCUGUCACAAAAACAACUCUGGACCUUCAUAAGGUUUUGUAGUGUUGUGGCACUUUCUCCAUCUCAUUGACUGCUGUGGCAUUUUCUCCAACUAGUACAAAGUAUUAACUUAACUUUGCCUUUUUUUUUGUAGCGUCCAAGCCCUAUUUUUUCAACAAGCUAAGCAUAGAUGGAGAAUGUUGCAGAUGUCUUUUGGUGAAGUGAGGUUGGAUCCUUUCGCAUCUGCUGAGAGGUUCAAAUUAACGUCCCUAAGAUGAAUAUUUCUCAAUCGAAGAUUACCGUGUUUUUUUGGUUGAAGUUCACUUUGUUUCCAUGGGACUAGAAGGCUCAAGAGAAAAUAAGCUACAAAAAGCAGUUAAUAAGAUAGAGGUGUGCAAGUUGCAAUGCUAAAUUAUUAAGAAAUUCCCAAGUUGUCUUUCUUAUUGUAUGGUUCUGCUUUGGCUCAUCUUGAUCCUAGGCAGGUCAGAAAAUUUCUACACUUCAUGUACAAAUUUCCCUCUUUAUCAUUAUUAAUUAUUUUUGUAGGAAGGCACCGUGUAAAAGUUUAUUGUCUUUGAUAAUAAGGUUCCUCAGUUGAGAAACCCAAGUACAUCAAGAGUAACAUGCCACUGAGUAUUGUGUUGGUUUAACUGAGACUAUAUAGGGUUGCGUAUUGGAGUAUAAAGUAGUAGAAUCUUGAACAAGAAACAAAAAGAUUAAGAAAAGACCUUCAGAGUGAAAAAGUAGAUAUGAGAAGUUUAUGACUUUGGUUUUGACACAUGUGUGUUUAUGGAAAUUUUGUUUGUCAUGUAUUAUUGAUGAGUGAAGUAUAUCACUGCAUUUUACCUUUAAAUAUACCAGUCAAUAGAUUUUAUCUUCUCCUACUCCAAAUGUCUUGAUUAGGAAUAUCAGACAACAUAUUGUUGACUGAUGUUUAUCGCCUUUUAUUUUGUGUUGAAACUUAAAAAGGUUUGAAGAUUACCUAUAAAAAUUUGACUUUAGCUAGUGCUAUUAGGAUUACUAUACUGUUGAUGCAUCUACCAUUGAAGUUAAGAAAAGAUAUGUUUGUUACUUAUUUUUAGAAAGCUUUGGCGAAACAGUUGCUAUUAUGGAUUACAAGCAGAAAUGUUUUAUAGACUUUAUAGAAUAAUUCAAUUUGAUUAAAUGAUAGCAGGACUUAUAUUUACAAUGCCUUAACUUAAUUAUGUAUUUUUUUAUUUGGUUGAAACUGUGAAGGAAGCUUGCCAGAGAUAGUAUGAAUUUUCUCACGGUUAAAUUUUUUUUUAUUGCAUUUAAGUGUUAGAAGAGCACAUUAUAGAUAUGAGGAUUAAAUUUUCUUCAUCAAGAUACAAUUUCCUUGGAUGUUUUGAAGUUAUAUUGUUCACCUGAUUUUAUGAUUACAAAUUUGUUCAAGGAUAUGAUAGAAUUUCUAUCACGAAUUUCUUUUACGAUAAGGAUACUGAUGAAAUAUAUGCAAAGCAUAUUGGAUAAUUCAAAUUUUUUAAACUGGUCACUCAAUAUUCAGUAUGAAGUUUUCUCUAUGACAUUAUUUGAGAUGAAAAUAUUGGAGCUUAGUUUUGUGCUUAUAAAAAUAAAUUAAUAUGUAUGUAAAUCAACUUGAAAGUAUUAUGCAUGCUCUUGGUUGUCUAACAUUUCUUAUGCCCUCGAGUAUCAUUAAGGGAGUUGGUAUCUAAAUACUUCAUUUGCAAGACUUUGUAAAGGCAGUCCUUUUUUUUUUCUUUCCUUUAAGCAUUUUAAGUUGACAUUGUGAAGUUUUUUGUCAGCACUCUUGCUUCAUAUAUAUGUUAUUUUUGGAUAAACGCCCCUUGUUACAACUAUUGAAUUAGGAGAGAUUAAGAGAAAUUUAGAUUAAACCGUGUGUUUUAAAAGCACUACGGAGACUUCGUUAUAUAUAGAGAGAUUACAACUAAUUACAUGAUAUAGUCGAUGUCUAUAUACAAAUAUUCUAACACUAUGUAUUUAUAAAUAUCAACACUCCCCCUCAAGCUUGAGUAUAUAAGUCAAAUGCACCAAACUUACAUAUAUAAUUAGUUCGGGGACUUCUUAGAGAUUUUGUAAACACGUCUGCCAAUUGAUCAUUAGAAUUGACAAAGCUUGUGACGGUGUCACCUGACUCGAUCUUUUAUCUAACAAAGUGACAAUCUAUCUCAAUAUGUUUGGUCCUCUCAUUGAAGACUGGAUUUGAAGCAAUGUGCAAUGCAGUUUGAUUAUCACAAAUAAGUGUCAUUGGUCUUGCUUCUUCAAUUUGAAGUUCCUUGAGCAACUGCUUUAACCAAAUAAGUUCACAUGUUGCCGUUGCCAUUGCCAUGGUCCUAUACUCUGCCUCAGCGCUUGAUCUUGCAACUACGUUUUGUUUCUUACUUUUCCAGGAUAUAAGGUUUCCUCGAACAAGUACACAAUACCCAGAGGUGGAUCGUCUAUCAAUGGGUGACCCUGCCCAAUCAACAUCAGAGUAUCCAAUUAUCUGAGUAUGUCCUUUAUCUUCAUACACUAAACCUUUUCCUGGAGCACAUUUGAUGUAUCUCAGAAUCCGGAUAAUAGCAUCCAUGUGUUCCUGACAAGGGGAAUUUAAGAACUGACUUGCCACACUAACUACAAAAGAAAUGUCUGGACGUGUGACUGUGAGAUAAUUCAACUUUCCAACCAAUCUCCUAUACCUUCCUGAGUCAGAUAGAGGCUCCCCCUGAUUGGGUAGUAGUUUGACACUUUGAUCCAUAGGAGUAUCAGCUGGUUUGACAUUCAACAAACUUGUUUCUUCCAAAAUAUCCAUAUCAUAUUUUCGCUGAAAAAUCACCAAACCAUCUUUAGAUUGGGCUACCUCAAUACCCAAGAAAUAGCGGAGUUUACCAACACAAAUUAUUUAUAAAACAAAGAAAAAUCUUAGAACUAACAUAAAAUCAAAACUCAAAUCUAGAAUUUAGGAUCAAGAAGGCAUGUCAAUGGGUGGGUUGGGGACGAUUUCUAAUGGGUUGGGUAAACGGAACAUUAUUAUUCGUCCCGUUUAUUUUAUUAUGUACUUUAUUAUUUAGUUUUGAUAAUUGAAAUAUUAAAUAUAUGGUAAAUGCUUAGUUUGUACAUAACUUUUUGAGAUUAUUUUAUUUUAUUAUUUAUAAAGUAAUUUAAUGUUGAGGAAAAUGAAUAUUUCUAUUAAAAAAACCGUCCCAUCUGUUGUUUUGCAUACUUGAUCUAAGUUCUAGAUUUGAGUUGUGUUUGUAUCUUGGUGUUAAACUUCAUGAAGUCAACUUAAAAUGCUUACUGCAUAACAUCUUCAAGUUGAUUCACAUACAACAUAAUUUGUUUCUAUAAGCUCUAAUAUUUUCAUCUCAAGUACUAUCAUAGAGAAAACUUGUUAUUGACAAUUGAGUGACUAUCUGGAAUUUUAUCAUAUCCUUGACAAAUUCUUAAUCAUAAAGUCAGGUGACAAGGAAAUUGUAUCUUCCAUGUCAUUGUGUGAUAAAUAAAAUUUAAUCCUCAUAUCUAUAA